AUGCAGGUAUUUUGGAUUGCUCCUGAUUUUGUUGCCAAACACAAAGCAAUCUAUCUGGACGGUUUUGAGCGCGAAACCAACCUUGUCAUCUCGCUCCACUGCCAUGGAAUAUUGGUACGACACGUACGUCCGACUAAAGAUCUGAAUGAGAUACGGGGAUUAUUAUCUGUCUACCUAUUUCGUUCACGAAAUAUUGUCUAA